AUGGUGAUCAGUCCGAAGUGGACUUCGUACAGAGAUGAUGAUGUUGGAAAAUCUCAAUUUGUGAAGGAGACAAUAUUGAAUGACAAAUGGUGGGACAAAGUAGAUUAUAUCAUUGCAUUCACCGAGCCAAUUUAUGACAUGUUACGACGAACUGAUACUGAUCGUCCAUGCCUUCAUUUGGUGUAUGAUAUGUGGGAGUCUAUGAUAGAAAAGGUAAGAAAGGUUAUAUACCGCAAAGAAGGCCUAACUGAAUUUCAAGAUUCUUCAUUUUAUUAUGUCGUGUAUUAUAGCCAGGAAUGGCUUAGUGAGUCGUCGGGUCGUCUAGCUCCGCAUGUAGAUGAUGAUAUGUCAAAGAAACGACGUAUAUGCUUUGAGAGAUAUUUUGAAGGGGAAGAACUAAGAAAGGUGAAUACUGAAUUUUCUCUUUUUUAUGCUGGAAUGAGAGAAUUUGCGGCUGCUAAUUGCAUUGCUGAUAGAUGGUGUAUGGAGCCAUUUAUAUGGUGGGUUACUUAUGGUACACCUACUCCUAUAUUGCAGAGGUUAGCUUUCAGAACUCUUGCCCAACCUAGCUCCUCAUCUUGCUGUGAAAGAAACUGGAGUACCUUUGGCUUUAUUAAUUCUUUGAAAAGAAAUAAGAUCACACCAAAAAGAGGAGAAGAUCUAGUGUAUGUGCAUUCUAAUCUUCGCCUUCUGUCCCGAAGAGAACCACAUUAUAUGACAGGUGAGACAAGAAUGUGGGAUGUUGCAGGUGAUACAUUUAAUACUAUGGGAAGCGGUGGAAUACUUGAGAUUGCAAAUCUUUCGCUUGAUGAACCAGAACUAGAGAGUGUGACAUUCAAUGAUCCAGCUGUACCUGUUGAUGAAGAUGUGAACUUAGAUGACAAUUAA